AUAUAAAGUAAUUUUUGACUGGGUUUAGGGUUUAAGAAAGGGAAGGUUGGUUCAUUUCUGAAACCUCAAUACUCAUCUCUGCAUUUGGGCAUCAUCACCAUGUGGGCUCUUCGUCGUGCUUCUCUUCCUCUCAGGAAUCGAGUAUUUGGUAUUAGAGCUUCCAGUGCUACUCUUUCUGAUUUGAAGCUACAACACAAUGCUGGAGUCUCAGAUUCUCCUGAAGUGACAUGUGGUAAAUGUCGUUCUUUCAAGAGAUGUUACCAUGAAAAAUUUGAUUCUGCGAACCUAUAUGUUGUUAGACGGAGUCUUUCUUCACAAGCUGGUACAAAAAGCAGUGGAGAGGAAGAUGACUUGGAGGAUGGAUUUUCUGAACUUGAAACAACAGAUGGAGCUAAGGCAGUUGUUGGGGACAAUGGUGAAGAUGAGCUUAUUUCCGAACCAGAUCUCUCUGAUAAUGAGGAUCAUGCUGAGCCCUUAUUUCCGAAAGCUCCUCUUAGGAAGAGGGUUACUUCAGCAUUGUUUAAAGCAAUUGUAGCUGCUCCUGGUCUCUCUGUUACUGCUGCUCUUGAUAAGUGGGUUGAAGAAGGAAAUCAGAUAGACCGUGGUGAAAUCUCAUUAACCAUGCUCAGUCUUCGGAAGUUACAGAUGUAUGGAAGGGCCUUGCAGUUCUCGGAGUGGUUGGAGGCAAGCAAAAGAGUUGAACUUAUCGAAAGAGAUUAUUCUUCUCACCUUGAUUUGAUUGCUAAAGUACAUGGUCCCGAGAGGGCUGCUAAGUACAUUGAGACAAUUCCAAUUUCUUUUAGAGGAGAGUUAGUUUACCGAACCCUCUUGGCUAACUAUGUCCAAGCUGGCAAUGUGAAAAGGGCAGAGGAAGUUUUCAACAAAAUGAAAGAUCUGGAAUUUCCGAUCACCACAUUUUCUUGCAACCAGUUGCUGCUCCUGUACAAAAGGACUGACAAGAAGAAAUUAGCAGAUGUUUUAUUACUAAUGGAGAAAGAAAACGUGAAGCCCUCGCUCUUUACGUUUAGACUCUUGAUAGAUACUAAAGGACAAAUGAAUGACAUAUCAGGGAUGGAAGAACUUUUGGAGAAACUCAAGGAACAAGGUUUUGAGCCAGACAUUGGUAUAAAAUCCAUUGCAGCAGGCCACUAUGCUGCCGCCGGGCUUAAAGAAAAAGCUGAAGCUGUUUUAAAAGAUAUGGAGCGAGGAAACUUAAGUGAGAAUCGUAGGGUUUGCGGAGACUUACUUCGAAUUUAUGCAUUGCUUGGACAAGCUGAUCAAGUGGAGAGGAUUUGGAAGUUCUGCGAGUCAAAUCCUUGGACUGCAGAGUGCCUUGCAGCAAUUGAAGCUUGGGGAAAAUUGAAGAAAAUCAAAGAGGCCGAAGCUGUUUUCGAAAAGAUGCUAAAAAAUGUGAAGAAGCCUUCUUCAAAACAUUACACUGUGCUUUUGAAAGUAUAUGCAGAUCACAAGAUGCUAACAAAGGGUAAGGAUCUUAUUAAGCGAAUGGCAGAUGAUGGUUGCAAUAUCGGCCCACAGACAUGGGAUGCACUUGUGAAACUCUAUUUAGAUGCAGGGGAGAUAGACAAGGCAGACUCUAUCUUGCACAAGGCUUCUCAAAACAACCAAGUGAAGCCUUUUUUCAGGACUUACAUGGCUGUCAUGGAUCAGUAUUCAAAGAAAGGCGAUGUUCAUAACUCAGAAAAGAUCUUCCAUAGAAUGAGACAGGCGGGUUAUAUGGGUAGACUUCGUCAGUUCCAAGCGCUUGUUCGGGCGUACAUAAAUGCUAAGGCACCGGCAUAUGGGAUUAGGGAAAGAAUGAAAGCAGAUAAUAUCUUCCCAAAUCGAGAUCUGACAGGACAAUUAGUACAGGUUGAUGCAUUUAGGAAGACAGCAGCCUCUGAUUUGCUUGAAUGAGAGGCAUUUUGAGUUGUUAAUCUUGGCAUGGAAUGGACUAUAUAUAAUGUUAUGUAGAACUAUUAAUUUUUUAGGUUUUGACAAACGAGGUAUAAUAACGUUUGCUUUUCUAUACUUCAAUUUUAUUAUUGUUCAGAAAAA